GCCUCAUGAAAAUAAAUCAUAUGGCCGUGUCACUUUCUCCUUUCAGCAUUUCUUCAUUUAAUGUCAGCGCUAAUGAGGAAAGAGGCAUAUCUUAGUUCCCGUUUGCUAAACGUGGCUUUCCGAUCCGUGCUGCUUUAUUUCCCGACUCUUGACGGCGCGUCGCGGCAGGUUAGCCUGUUAGCGGCUAGCUGCUGCUAACCACAGAGAAACUUCUGAGCAGAGGAUGGAACAAAGUGUUUCUGCAGACAUGACUGAAGUUCUGAGACUGAUUGCUGCAGCUACGCUCACUUUCCACCCCGACGUCUUUUUCCAGGGGACUCCUUGCCGCUGUCGUCGCUGCGCCUCCUGGUCUCUCCCCUGCAGCUCAUGACGGCGUCCAUGUGGCAGGUGCUGAAGAGCCGAGACGUGAUGAGCUUCUGGAAGGUGGCGGAUUUUGUGUCGCUGGUGGUGGACAUGGUCCCAGAGCUGCUGCUGCACAAACACCAGACCCAGCUGAGCUUGGGCCUGAGAGCUCCAUUUGUUCUGGAGCUGUGCCGAAGUGAAGCGCUCAUAAAAUCUGAGUUUAUCUCUCCGUACCUGCAAAGGAUCAAAUCCACCCUGACCAAUCUUCAUGAAUCGGAGGAGGAAGAAUUGAUAUCAAACUUCCUGGAGAUGGUUCAGACUCUGCUCAAAGAUCCUGAAGAGAGACGCAUAUUUUUCCUGGAGGUCUUCCCUGCAGAGUAUGGACUCGAGUACCACACUGAUUUGCAGAUGCUGUUUUGGGAAUUCCUCUGUCGACUGGCUCAGCUGUUGCCGGUUCCAGAUCUUCAGCAGACUGUGUGCUGGCUUGCAGCUGAAUGCCCCGUGUUGGAGGAUUGCGUCCAAUCCGUCUCCCAGCCGACAGACCUGAAAAAUCUGCUGCAGCACCACAAAAACCUCGGUCAUUUAGAUCAACACGUUCCACCUUCCAGCAUGGGCGACAGCGUUCUCUCCUGGCUGUCUGCGGUUCUCCACAGCAAAUUGGGAGCAGCUGCGGAGCAGCCGGGCCUCCCAGAGCCGCCGCAGAGCGCCGGUGAGGACGCACACACUCUGCCAUUCAUGGACGACGUCGCAGUGGAAAUAAUUGCGGUGACCGACUACACGGAGAUGGAACUGGGCACCGACAUCGAGGUGGUGAUGGAAGACGGCUGCUUCGAAGGGACGGACGUUCACACAGCGGUGGAGGAGGUCAGGGUCGAGGGAGGAGAAGAAGAAGAAACGCACGUUCAAGUGAGCAGUGACGACUCGGCGUCUGUGAAAUGUAAAAACCCUGCGGGACCUCACGACUGCCCGGACUGCGACAAGAAGUUCCGCUUUGCGUCUUCGCUCAUCGCCCACCGGGUGAUCCACACCGGCGAGCGGCCGCACCGCUGCUCCGACUGCGGCCGCUGCUUCUCCUUCAGGCAGUCCCUGGACCGGCACCGGCGCACGCACACGGCGCAGCGCCGCUACGACUGCGCCGUCUGCGGGGAGAGCUUCCCCUCCCUCUCCGCCCGCAACAAGCACAAGCUGGCGCACGAGCGGCGAGGCGUGUACGAGUGCCACCGGUGCGGCAGGACGUUCAGCUGGGAGCCGGCUCUGGCAAGGCACCUGAAGACUCACACCGACGCCCCGAGCGAGGGCGGGGAGUCCGGCGCGGGAGGCGAGGAUCGGAGCGGCCUCACCUCCGAGUCCAGAGACCCGAUCGCCGAACCGUGCGGCAGCGCCGAGGUCCGCACCAGCGGCAGGAAACGCCGGCCCACCCUGAAGAUUCAGGUCAUCAACUUACAGAAACACAUGGCCACGAGGAAACGGAAGGAGGGCUCCUCGGAAAGCAGCCCGGCUCUGAAGCCCGUGCCUUUCAACCGAGUUGAACACUCCUACGGAUCACAGAUUGUCUCGUCAAAGGAAGGUGAUGGAAAUCGCUCCACGCCGGCCUUCUCCUGCCCUCAGUGCUCCUACCAGCACCCGGAGGAGGUGCAGGUCCAGCGUCACAUCGACGAGGUCCACCGCGGCGAGGCGGCGGCCGACCAGGCCCGCCCGGACGAGGAGGGGCGGUUCGCCUGCGGCGCUUGCGACCGCAGCUUCAGGUUCCGGUCCCUCCUGCAGGCCCACCGGCGCAGCCACACCGGCGAGCAGCCCUUCAGCUGCGCCCAGUGCGGCCAGCGCUUCUCCUUCAAGCAGUCGCUGGAGAGGCACCGGCGAACGCACGCGCCGGGACGCAAGUACGACUGCCCGGUGUGCGGGGAGAGCUUCGGGUCGCCGGCGGCCCAGAGGCAGCACGGCGCCGCCGCCCACAUGGAGAACGGCGAGUACCUGUGCUCGGAGUGCGGCCGGGCGUUCGCCUGGAAGUCGGCGCUGGUGAGGCACCUGAAGACGCACGACGGCGCGCACGGCGGCCGGGCGGCGCAGGCCUUCCCGUGCCCCCGCUGCGACCUGCGCUUCAGCUGCAGCAGCUACCUGAACCGGCACCUGCAGACGCACCGGGAGGAGCGCGUGCACGCCUGCAGCUGCGGCAAGAGCUUCGCCUACCGCGCCGCGCUCACGGCGCACCAGCGCAUCCACCAGCGGGAGCGGCCGCACGCCUGCGCGCAGUGCGGCAAGGGCUUCCUGUACCGGGGCGGCCUGCUGAGCCACAUGAAGAUCCACUCGGAGGAGAUGCCCUUCAUGUGCUCCUUCUGCGGGAAGAGCUUCAAGCGGGAGCGCAACAUGAAGAAGCACGAGCGCUGCCACACGCGCGAGAACGUCUUCCGCUGCUCGCAGUGCGACAAGAGCUUCGUCUACAAGGCCACGCUGGUGCGGCACGAGCUGACGCACUCGGGCGAGCGGCCCUUCCUCUGCUCCGACUGCGGCAAGGGCUUCUUCUCGCACGCCGAGCUGCUGAAGCACGAGCGCUUUCACACGGGCCACAAGCCCUUCCAGUGCCCGCACUGCGGCAAGCGCUUCACCCAGUCCUGCUACCUGACCGUGCACCUGCGCUACCACACCGGCGCGCGGCCCUACGCCUGCGCCGAGUGCGACAAGAGCUUCCUGAGCGCCAACCGGCUCAAGAGGCACCAGAGGACGCACUCCGGCGAGCGGCCGUACCUGUGUGUGGAGUGCGGGAAGGGUUUCAGACAGUCGUACAACCUCAAGAUGCACCAGCGCACGCACGUCCUGAAGCUACCCUAGAGUCAGAGUCUGGAGGGAUCUGGGUCUGCAGGUCUCGUUAGACAGAUCCGAUAUUUCCUGUUUGUUUAUUACAGUUGAACAGUGUUAAAUCUCACGGAUCCUCGGUUGAUUCUUUCAGGUCAUCUCUGGGAUUGGAAAUGUCAGCAUUUUGCUUCAAAUACUGUAUUUGUGUUCUGGUAUCGUUCGUCCACCUGUUACCCAGAAUAAAUAUGUAGAGGACUGGAGAUGGAUGAGACUUCAGAAACUCAUUAAACAACU